CCACAACCUGGCUCUCCGGCGACAACCACCGGCUACUGAAAUCUUCCUGCAACAAUAAAGGCAGUUUUCCGGUAACCGAUGGAGAAUGGCGGUGGAAGCUGGUGUUGGACAAACGAGAGACCGUUUUUUGCCGGACAGUUCUGAAUCUACCCUAGACUUGACGAAAGAAAGAGGAAGAAGAUUUUCCACCUCAGAUAUUAUGGAUCCAAGAAUCAGGACGGACAAGAAGAUCAGACGACCCUUAUCCCAAUCGUACAUUUCAUCACAAGAUCAGGUGGUCCCACAGUUGCAAAACAAAAAGGAUGAUAAGAAAGGGAGAGACCGCCGUGGUGUCCCCGUCACUCAGACUACACCUUCCAACUGA